ACACUCAAAGCUGCCAACUUUUUCUUUAAGGGGCGCAACAGAAAGAUGCAUCUGGCUAAUCAAGUCCUAAAAGUCAAUCCAAUUACAUUUGUAUUAUUUCAUUUCAAUCUGUCCUGACACAUCAUGUUGUGCUUCAUAAAAGCAAGGAGAAAAAAAAGAAAAGCAAUUUCCCUAGUCGGCCACAAGGUGGCGCCUGAGGCAGCUUUUCCAGGGAAAACCAUGCUAAUAGUGCCCUAAGAAUAACAAGAGAGUGACUAAAGGCCUCCAAAUAGAAAAGCAAAAGCUUUUCUCACGUGUCUGAGUCACGUCGGUGGGGGCGCCGGUGCGGGGGUGGCCGGGCCCCUCCUCCACCGUCACACCGCCGUUCGUGCGGGCGGGCGGGCGGCAAUAAAAAGCCCAAAUUUCAUCUCCCACCAUCCAAACAGACUCCAUUCUCAGCUCGUCAACUUUUGGAAACUCGAUGGGUCCAAAAAGACACGGCUUGCUUUUUGGCCGAGGAAUUUUUUAGAGGGCUCGCCUCGGUAGGAUCGGGGUCAGAACCCCCCAUCGCCCCGGCCGGGCCGGGCAGGAUGCACGCCUGCAGAGCUUUGCUGUGCGCCAUGCUGCUGCUCCACUGCGCCUCGCUCAGUUCGCCGCUGUCCACCUGCGCGGCGGUGGACAUGGACCACGUCAAGAGGAAGCGGGUGGAGGCCAUCCGCGGGCAGAUCCUCAGCAAGCUGCGGCUGAGCGCCCCCCCGCGUGCACAGGGGCCCACCAAAGUGCCCCAGCAGGUGCGGGCGCUCUACAACAGCACGCGCCAGCUGCUGGAGGAGCUCGGGCGGCACCGGCGCCAAAUGUGCGGCGCCGACGGCACCGACGCCGAGUACUACGCCAAGGAGGUCUACAGGUUCAACAUGGUUCACGGGCCCACCGAGAGCAACGACCUGUCCUACUGCCCGAAAGGCAUCACGUCCAAGGUGUUCCGUUUCAACGUCUCGGCCAUGGAAAGGAACGCCAGCGACCUCUUCAGGGCCGAGUUCCGAGCCUUGCGGGUUCCCAACGCCGGCGCCAGGCGCAACGAGCAGCGGAUUGAGCUCUACCAGAUCGUGCGGCCGAACGAACACGUCAGGAAGCAGCGCUACAUCGGCGCCAAAAACGUGCUGACCAAAGGCACGCCCGAAUGGGUCUCCUUUGACGUGACCGACGCCGUGCGGGAGUGGCUGACGAGCAGAGGCAGCAAUCUGGGCUUGGAAAUCAGCGUCCAUUGCCCCUGCCACACCUACGGCCCCAACGGCGACAUCAUCGACAACGACAACGAGAUUCUGGACGUCAAGUUUAAAGGUGUGGACGGCGAGGAGGAGCAGAGUCGCUUGGACCUCAGCCAUCUGAAGAGGAGCAAGGACCAGAACCUGCCUCACCUCAUCCUCAUGAUGAUCCCGCCUCACCGCCUGGACUCAAAGUCGCGCAGACGCAAGCGAGCGCUGGACACCGACUACUGCUUCUCAAACGCCGAGGAGAGCUGCUGCGUCCGCCGGCUGCACAUCGAUUUCCGCCGCGACCUGGACUGGAAGUGGAUCCACGAGCCCAGCGGUUACGACGCUAACUACUGCUCGGGGCCGUGCCCCUACCUGAGGAGCUCUGACACGGCGCACAGCUCGUUGCUGAGCCUGUACAACACUCUGAACCCGGAGGCGUCGGCUUCGCCGUGCUGCGUCCCCCAAGAACUGGAGCCCCUCACCAUCCUCUACUACUCGGGACGGACCCCCAAAGUGGAGCAGCUCUCCAACAUGAUCGUCAAGUCUUGCAAAUGUAGCUGAGGAGGCACAAAUGACUUUUUUGGGGGGUGCCCGGUUCUGCAACUGAUAGCAAAUGGGUCAAGUUCAUCUCACGUCUUGCGCUUUUAUUCUGACAAAGCUGUCGUGUCCUGUCUUUCUUGUUUUCACUUCAUUUUGUUUGGUUUUUGGGGUAAAAGUGUUUGCUUUGUUGAUGAUGAUUGUUAUUAAUUAAAAAAAAAGAGAAAACAAGUCUUUUUUUAUAUUUUGGAAACUUAAUAAGUGUAAAAAAUAUGAAACUAUAGUUCAUUGUUGAAAUUUCAAAGAUCUGUGAUCAUACAAUUUUAGGUGAAGUCAAAAAUGUACCAAUUAAAUGUAAUUUUUGCCCAACAAUACAAAGUCAUUUCCAGAAUGAAAACAAAACCUCAUUUUUGAGCCGCCGUACAAUUGUCCUUCCCCGUCAGCGGCGAUGAGAGAUGAACUUUGACGCAGAGACAAAAGAGCCGAGUCAACAAGCGGCGCCUCAAAUGCGGCGGCGGCCCAGGGCAGAUUGGCCGCGACAAACGCCAAAGGAGUCCAAAGUGCCAAGUCAGCAUUUAGAAUGGGAAAUUUGAAAGGCAAAGAAUUUGGAGCGACACAAUUUGAGGGUCUGAAAGAUUAGGAAGUUUAAAUUUCAUGUUUUCUGUCUUUCAACAAUGGCUAAGGUGCAGCUAACGCUAACUCAGCAAAAAUCUCAAGCUGCUCUGCCUCUCCUGAAGUUGUUUUUUUUUCUAAUUGGACGUCCUGCUGAUGAACGGAAACAAUCAAGCCAACCCUGCUUUUGGCCGAUGUGCUGUGAACCAAAGACGAACGGCACGACACGUUAAGCUGCAAAACACCACGGACGGCCGGCCCGCGAUUCCCUGAACGCAUUAACAGAUGCCCGAGCGAGCGAGCGAGCGAGGAAUUUUGUAGCAAUAAAAUCAUCAGGUCACA